GAUUAUUAUACAGGCUGCGAGCGCGCGAUAGAAAUCGAUUUCUCGAAACUCGAGCCCCCCGAGAGCCCAUCGAAUAAGCGCGUUCAGCAGUAGUCGGAGUCUUGAGUCGCGUCGACUGCUGCGCGUGUGCAUGAUUAAUUUCGCGCACGGCGUGAGCGCACAGUGCCGAACUGCAGAGUUUUACAGCAGUUCAGUUACUGCUGCUGCGCGAAUUACUGUACGUCGCAUGCCGACGAUGACGAGAAACGAUGCGCUGCUAAUAUAGGAGCUCGCUGUCGUUGACAAAAUCUCGCGAACGCGGAAAAAAAUCAUCAUCGUAACGCAAAAGCGACGUUUUGGCUCUGUGUGCGUGCGUGUGUGUGCGCGCGUGCCGUUUCGUCAUAUCGUAAACAUUCAUAGUGGGCCCGAGCGCGCCGCACACGUCUUUCUCAUUAUAUACUGCUGCAGUUAUGCUGAGUACAAAGGAAGAUGUUCUGAUCGGCGCUCCGGGGAUUCGGUUUAUUAGUCUCGAGUCGUGCAUGCGUCUGGAGUUAAUCGGCUCGUGCUCUCCGCGCGUGCAGCAACAACAGCAGCAGUGGCAGUACCGCGUUUAAUUUUUUUUUUUUAUUUAUUUUUUGUUUGGCGCAGUUUUGGAUUGUUGUUUGUCGUCAUAUAUCAUGGCCACUUCACGCUUUAGUAAAGUCGACGAGUAUGGAUUCGAAAGACCGGAUAAUUUCAAUUACGAGACCUACGAGGAAUUCAUGUCCGAGUACUUGAAGGUACUGGCGAAGAGGGCGAAAAAAUGGUCCGACAUAAUCGGAGAGGGAAGAUCCGUCAGGAGGAAUCUCACUGUCAAACGAUACGUGCGCAAGGGUAUACCCGGAGUCCACAGGUGCUCGGUGUGGCUGUCCGUCAGCGGAGCGGAGGAAUUGAAAAACAAAUCGCCGAAUUUGUAUCAACAAUUGUUGAACGACCAACACGAUCCUCAAGUGGCGGAAAAUAUCAGAAUUGAUCUUCCAAGAACAUUUCCGGAUAAUAUAUUUUUUAACAACACAGACCUUCAUCAACGUCAAUUAUACAAUAUUCUAUUAGCAUUUGCGCAUCAAAAUCAAGAAGUUGGAUACUGCCAGGGAUUAAAUUAUAUAGCUGGUUUACUUUUGUUGGUUACCAAGAAUGAAGAAAAUGCUUUCUGGUUACUAAAAGUAUUGAUAGAAAAUAUUUUACCAGAGUAUUAUACACCAACAAUGAAAGGAUUACUAAUAGAUAUAGAUGUUCUAGUUGAACUUGUCAAAUUAAAAAUGCCAGAUGUAUUCCAACAUGUUGAAAAUUUAGGAUUGCCAUGGCCUGUUAUAACUACCAAGUGGUUUAUAUGUUUAUUUGCAGAAGUGUUGCCUACAGAAACUACAUUAAGAAUAUGGGACUGUCUGUUUUAUGAGGGCAGCAAAAUUGUGUUCAGAGUAGCAUUAACUUUGAUAAAAAGAAAUAAGCAAAAUCUGUUGGCUUGUCAAGAUUUUACAGAUUUAGCUGAAUGCUUUAAGGAAAUAACAAAAGAUAGUAUUGUUGUCAAAUGCCAUGAAUUUAUGGAAAGCAUAUUCAAAGUUCCUGGAUCAUUGUCCAAUAGUACAAUAUUGAAGCUUAGACAGAAAGUAGAACAAACUCAUAAAGAACAAAAACUUGCCAAAACGUCACGGUAAUAAAAUGUCAAUAAAUCUCCUGAAUCCACAGACUCUAGUCAAUAUGCUGACAAAAUCGUCGUUUUUAUUCAAUGUUUAUUGAAAAUAUGUAGUUUUUUACAAUUUUUCUGCAUGUCCUGUUUUAUGUGAUACAUAAUGCAUAUAUUACUGUGAAAAAUAUUGAAAAAUUUCACAAUACAAUGAUGUAUAAAACUUUGUUUUUAAUUGUUAAAAUACUAUUGUUAUUGUAUAUAUGUUAAAUGUUUUGCAACUCAAUGUUUGUAAGAAGUAUGAACCUGCGGUUCAUUUAAUUUAGGUAUUGUGUCAUUUUAACUUGUUUACGAUAUAUAAAAUUUAUA